GGGGGACGGGUCCUCGGGGGCGCCCCUCCUCCCCGCCCACCUCGUCGCCGCCCGCAGCCGGGCUGGGCCGGGCGGACCCCGACCGCCAGUGGGGGGCGCCUGUGGCCGUCCCUGCCGCACAGCCGGAUCCCGCCCGGGGCGGUGCGCGCGGACUCUUGGGCGGUGGCGGAGGCACCGGUGCGCGCAGACACCGGGGCGGCCGCGGCGGUGGAGACACACGGCGGCGGGGCAGCCCGCGCUCCAUCCGCUGAGCCACACCAGCCGGGGCUGUAGUCUGUUUGAAGUGCGAACAGCUCAAGGGAAGAAAACUCCAUGAGGGCCAGACUGGGGCUGGGGCUGGAAGCAGCUCUGCCCCAGCUGACGAGCUGAGGAGCCCGAGUGUCUGGCCAGCCUGGCCCGGCUGCAAGGGGAGUUGACCGGAGCGCAGUGACCGCUGCCCGGCAGUGGAGCAGGCAGACCCUGCGGGGCCCAUGGAGCUGCAGGCCGCGGGGGCCUUUCCCCAGCCUCGUCUGCCAGGCCUCGAGAGGCCAGGGGCCUAGGCCCGCAGAUGCCCCCCGGGACGGGCGGUCUCCCGAGCGGACGGCCGGCCGGGGGCGCCGGGGCGGGAGCAUGCCGGCCAAGGGGCGCUACUUCCUCAACGAGGGCGAGGAGGGCCUGGGCCGCGACGCCCUGUACGAGAAGUACCGCCUCACCAGCCAGCACGGCCCGCUGCUGCUCACGCUGCUCCUGGUGGCCGUGGUGGCCUGCGUCGCCCUCAUCGUCAUCGCCUUCAGCAUCGGGGAGCCCUCCCAGCAGCCGGCCGUCCUGGGGACGGCGUUCCUGACGCUGGCCGUGUUCGUCGCGCUCUACGUGCUGGUGUACACCGAGUGCCUCGGCCGGCGGGGGCUCUGGGCCUCGGCACUGCUCACCUGGGCCUGCCUCGUGGCGCUGGGCUACGUGCUGGUGUUCGACUCGUGCAGGAAGGCGGCCUGCGCCUGGGAGCAGGUGCCCUUCUUCCUGUUCGUGAUCUUCGUGGCGUACACGCUGCUGCCCUUCAGCAUGCAGGGGGCCGUGGCCGUGGGGGUGGUGUCCAGCGUCUCCCACCUCCUGGUGCUGGGCGUUCUGACGGGAGCCUUCUCAUCCCCCAGCGUCGGGGUGGGGCUGCAGCUGCUGGCCACCGCCAUCGUCUUCCUGUGCGGGAACCUCUCGGGCGCCUUCCACAAGCACCAGAUGCAGGACGCCGCCCGCGACCUCUUCACCUACACGGCCAAGUGCAUCCAGAUCCGGCGGAAGCUGCGCAUCGAGAAGCGCCAGCAGGAGAACCUGCUGCUGUCUGUGCUCCCCGCCCACAUCUCCAUGGGCAUGAAGCUGACCAUCAUCGAGCGGCUCAAGGAGUGCGGGGACCGCCACCACAUGCCCGACAACAACUUCCACAGCCUCUACGUCAAGCGGCACCAGAACGUCAGCAUUCUCUACGCCGACAUCGUGGGCUUCACGCGGUUGGCCAGCGACUGCUCCCCCAAAGAGCUGGUGGUAAUGCUGAACGAACUCUUCGGCAAGUUUGACCAGAUCGCCAAGGCCAACGAGUGCAUGCGCAUCAAGAUCCUGGGCGACUGCUACUACUGCGUGUCGGGCCUGCCCGUGUCGCUGCCCACGCACGCCCGCAACUGCGUGAAGAUGGGGCUGGACAUGUGUGAGGCCAUCAAGCAGGUGCGGGAGGCCACGGGCGUGGACAUCAGCAUGCGCGUGGGCAUCCACUCGGGGAACGUGCUGUGUGGCGUCAUCGGGCUGCGCAAGUGGCAGUAUGACGUGUGGUCCCACGACGUGUCCCUCGCCAACAGGAUGGAGGCGGCCGGAGUCCCGGGCCGGGUGCACAUCACGGAGGCGACGCUGAGCCACCUGGACAAGGCGUACGAGGUGGAGGACGGCCACGGACAGCAGCGGGACCCCUACCUGAAGGAGAUGAACAUCCGCACCUACCUGGUCAUCGAUCCCCGGAGCCAGCAGCCGCCCGCACCCAGCCAGCACCUCCCCAAACCCAAGGGGGACGCCGCCCUGAAGAUGCGGGCGUCGCUGCGCAUGACCCGCUACCUCGAGUCCUGGGGGGCCGCGCGGCCCUUCGCCCACCUCAACCACCGUGAGAGCGUCAGCAGCGGCGAGACCCCCGUCCCCAACAGCCGGAGGCUCAAGGCCAUGCCCCUGCGGCGCCACCGGGCCCCCGACAGAGGUGCGUCCCCCAAGGGGCGGUCGGAGGACGACUCGGAUGAUGACGAGAUGCUGUCAGCCAUCGAGGGGCUCAGCUCCACGCGGCCCUGCUGCUCGAAGUCCGAUGACUUCCACACCUUUGGGUCCAUCUUCCUGGAGAAGGGCUUCGAGCGAGAGUACCGCCUGGCGCCCAUCCCCCGGGUCCGCCACUACUUCGCCUGCGCCAGCCUCAUCUUCCUCUGCAUCCUGCUGGUGCACGUCCUGCUGAUGCCCAGGACGGCGGCCCUGGGGGUGUCCUUUGGGCUGGUGGCCUGCGUGCUGGGGCUGGUGCUGGGCCUGUGCUUCGCCGACCAGUUCUUGAGGUGCUGCCCCGCCUGGGGGGUGCUCCGGGCCGUCUCCGAGAAGGUGGAGACCCACCCGCUGCUGCGCGUGCCCCUGGCCGUCCUGACCAUCGGCAGCCUGCUCGCCGUGGCCGUCGUCACCCUGCCAUUGCUGCCUCCCCCGGCCCCGGGGCUGCCGGUGGUGAACCAGACGAGGGCCCUGGGCAGCGGGGACGGGACCCCGUGCGAGCUGCUCCCGUAUUACACCUGCAGCUGUGUCCUGGCCUUCGUCGCCUGCUCCGUCUUCCUGCGCAUGAGCCUGGAGCUGAAGGUGCUGCUGCUGACGGUGGCCUUGGUGGCCUACCUGGUGCUCUUCCACGUCACCCAGUGCGCCCAGCGCGGCUGCUGCGGCCUCGGCCUGGGCGCCCUCGGCGAGACCAACACCACCCUCAGUAGCCCCCCGGCCUGUGCGUGCAGGGACCUGAAGACCAUGAUCAGCUUCUACCUGGUUCUCUUCUACGCCACCCUCAUCAUGCUCUCCAGACAGAUCGACUACUACUGCCGCCUGGACUGCCUGUGGAAGAAGAAGUUCAAGAAGGAGCGCGAGGAGUUCGAGACCAUGGAGAGUGUGAACCGCCUCCUCCUGGAGAACGUGCUGCCGGCCCACGUGGCGGCCCACUUCGUGGGAGACAAGCUGGACGAGGACUGGUACCAUCAGUCCUAUGACUGCGUCUGCGUCAUGUUCGCCUCCGUGCCGGAGUUCAAGGUGUUCUACACAGAGUGCGACGUCAACAAGGAGGGGCUGGAGUGCCUGCGCCUGCUCAACGAGAUCAUCGCCGACUUCGACGAGCUGCUGCUGAAGCCCAAGUUCAGCAGCGUGGAGAAGAUCAAGACCAUCGGCAGCACCUACAUGGCGGCUGCCGGGCUCAGCGGGCCCUCCGGGCAGGAGAACCAGGACCUGGAGCGGCAGCGCGCCCACAUCGGCAUCAUGGUGGAGUUCAGCAUCGCCCUGAUGAGCAAGCUGGACGGCAUCAACCGGCACUCCUUCAACUCCUUCCGCCUGCGCGUCGGCAUCAACCACGGGCCUGUGAUCGCCGGCGUGAUCGGGGCGCGGAAGCCCCAGUACGACAUCUGGGGCAACACGGUCAACGUGGCCAGCAGGAUGGAGAGCACCGGCGAGCUCGGGAAGAUCCAGGUGACGGAGGAGACGUGCACCAUUCUCCAGGGGCUCGGCUACUCCUGCGAAUGCCGAGGACUGAUCAACGUCAAAGGCAAAGGGGAGCUGAGGACGUACUUCGUCUGCACGGACACCGCCAAGUUCCAGGGGCCCGGCCUGAACUGAGGGCCCGGGGGGCCAGGCACGAUCGAGGCCGAUGUCCUUCCUGAAAGCCAGCGGAUGGGGGACUCGGCCCCACGCCGGUCACGGCCUUCCACGGCCUUGGCCACCACUACCUCCUGACAGACGGCCGUGUGCGGCUCCCUGCCCUUGCACGAGAGGACUUCUCAGACACGUGUGCCGGGGCCCCAGCUUGGGGGGACCACGGAGCCUCCUGAUGCACAGCCGGGCGGACCCUCGGAGCUGCUGCUGUCGGGAACGCGACCUCCGGAUGGCGGGACGAGGCUCCCUCGAGAGUUCCACGUCCUCCAGACCCUGCCCGCGCACACACCCUUGUGGCCGGGGAGCUGCAGGAGCGUCCCCUUUUCCAGGGGCAGGAGGACCAGGAACAGGGGUGUGGGCUGGCGAGGGGGCUGCAGCCCUGUGAGGGGCUCCCGGAGGAGAGUAGCCCAGCGCACACCGUGCUGCCUGCCGUCCGUGCCCGUCUUAGACGGAUGCAGCCUUAACCGGGGCCUCACCCUUUCCACGGCCUCUGGGAGGCCAGUCAGUCGCCUCCCCUGCAGCGUGUCACCUGCCCUUCCGGUCGCCGGCAGGAAGCAGGCCGCCACCCCAGCUCUGUGGGAUGUGGCGUGGCCCUCACGCCGGACCAGACCACUCGGAGUCUGGCAGUCCGAGGUCUGGUCUAGGGAGCAGCCUCUCGGCCCUCCUCUCGCCACCCAUGCACGUCCAAGCUCUGCCUGCAGGCUCCCCGCGCCCCACCUCCACGCUGGGACGCCCUCCUGGCCUCCGGGCCGGGCGGUCGUGCUCAGUGAGGGCACGCAGGAGGCCCCCGCCCGGGCGGCUGGCCGGCCCCCUCUCGGAUGCCGAGACCUCCUCGCUCUGACUGAAGGAAUUGAGGCAGCUGCAAGAAGCCAGGUCUGUGAGCUUCAACUCUCACUCCAGAGAAGUCAGGUUAGGUUCUGAGGUGAGAACCAGCCAGCCCGCCUCACACAGGUGACUGUCCCCGUGCGGCACCCCCGGAGUUACAGCCGUGCACAAGGGCAGGCGGCUUCAGGUGACACAGGGUCGCAGGUGGGGCGGCUCGGCGUCGAGGGCCGCCUGGGGCUCGUCCUGAGCUGCGGGCGGGCGGGCUGGUGGUGGCACUGAGAGGGCACGUCUGGGCCCCGGAAAGCCGGCGCUCCGGGAAGGCCCCCCACCAGCAGGGCUCAGACGCGCCCCGGGGUGCCGGCCUGCUGCUCCUCUCGCAGUAUGCGUGUCUGUUACUUUUUUCCAGCAGCCGAAAUCCCGACCUCCCAACCCGGAGUUUAAAAAACAACUGGUUGCCAUUAUGUAUCUUUCUUUAUCCCCAGUUAAAUUAAAGCACUGUGCUCAAGUAA